UUUUUGUUGAUGCCAAAUAUCUGCAUAUUGUUUUCACCAGCAAAGAGAGCAUAUGAUUUUGAAAUACUUAGUGCAGGCUUGACAUCAUCCGAUGAGGAAAAAGUGAAUACGUCCAUACAAGUCAAUCGAAUCUCAUUCAGUGAAUCAGUCUUUUCGGCACGUGUCAAUUGGAAUUGUGAUACCGAUGAAAAGAGCACAGCGAAAGUACUUAUAUGGCAUUGUCGAAAUGGCCGUGAGAGCGACUAUACUUUGACUCCCUACCAAAUACCAAAUCAAGGCUUAAAGACUUUUGUGGAUACCUAUUACCAUGACAUGCUCUACUUGAAUGUGGCAAACUGCUCAAAUUUGCCGCCAUAUGUGGAUCUAUCAGAUUUAAAGAAAGAGUAUAUAUUUGAUAAUUGUCCUUUGACUGGCGACGGUUUUCCUUAUUAUCUUCCAAUGGGAUAUUACAAAUUUUACCAGGAGAUUAAAGCCGAAGUAACUCUGACGAUUUCCUUCCUUAUUAAAGUUACGCCUACUAAGUCACUCGGAUAAUAAUUAGAAACAUUCCAAAAGUUAACU